GCUUUUUCAGUAGAUGUGCCAAGUAGCUGCUGAUGUGAAAAUGUUGCACACGUUUGUACACACAGUCAUUUCCUACAGUUAAAAGGAAAUUGCUUGUUCCAGGAAACAGACUGAGCCGUCUUUUGCAAAUUAAAUCGUACCAUCAUGUCAGAGGAUCAAAGUAGAAUAACAACUGUAGAUGUGGACACUGCUUUCAUCAAAUCCAAGAGGGGCAUCCUGAAAGUAGCAGAGAUGGUGACUCUGUUUGUGGCAUUUGUGUGUUUUGCUACAGCAUCUAGAGCAAAGUACAUUACAGCCACAGUGUUGGAGUUUGUGAUCGCCUCACUUCUCCUGUUGCUGUACAUGUUCAAACUCCACAAAAGGCUGACCUUCUUCUUUUGGCCUCUCGUUGAUGUUUUCAAUUCAGCGUUUGCAGCAGUCUACUUUAUUGUCUUGAGCCUGCUGGCCUUGACUACAUACACUGUCACUGGCACACUGGUUGGAGGGAUAUUUGGUUUCAUCUCAGCUGGGCUGCUGUGUGUGGACUGCUACAUGGUUUUCAAGAACAUCACAUUCAACAAGCCCAGAAGCCAAAUUCAGAGUCAAGACAACCAAUGAAUAAAUCAAUUACAAUAAAGGAAUACAGAAUACUAUUAA